AAUGAAUGGUAAUUGUUAUGGAGUACCGGUAUGCGGCUAGCGAUUUUAUCAGUGACGCGUUUGCAGGAAGAUAGGCCUGAGCGGAGAGAUUCUCCUUUUUGGAUUCAUGGCAAAUAGAUUAUAAAGAUAUAUGAAGCCUUCAGGCGAUUCUAAGGAUUCAAGUUAUUUGUGCUAUCUGAUAAAUUGAUCAGAUUAUCCAAAUCGCAGUCAAUUUGAGUAAACUAACAUGGGAGUGAUGUUUUCUUGUUGGAAGGCAAAGCCUUCCACUGUAGAAAUAUUGGAAAAAAUUGACAAGGAUAUAAAUGCAUUGGAAGAAUUCAGGGAAAAGAAUCAAAGACUUCAAAAGAUCUGGGUUGGAAGACUGGUACUCUAUUCAUCCACUCUGUACAUCAUAGCCUUUAUAUUUGUGUACUUGUGGUGUUUUCCGGAAGAAUGGACCGCACGGCUAACCUUGGCACUUCCAGGAUUUUUAUUUCCUUUAUUGGUCUGGUUAAUAAGAAAAAUUUUGAUUUGGUCAUUUUGUAGAAGAACUGAAAAGAACAGUGAAGCUCUAGAAGACUUAAAAAUACAAAAGAAAAAAAUACUUGAAGAGGUCAUGGAAAAGGAGACAUAUAAGAAUGCCAAACUAAUUUUGGAGAGGUUUGACCCAGAAUCCAAGAAAGCUAAAGAACUUGAUCAAUUGACUUCUGGAAUGCCAGCUACUCCGAGACCUGGUCAAGAACUUCGUCAAAGGAAGUCAGCUCAAGUACCAUCUACUCCACCAAACCUCAGUCAGGGAAAUCCGCAAACCAUGCCGAUUGCCACACCUGGCAUACAAAGUACAUCAGCUCCUGGUGGCCCGCCAGAAAAGACUGCUCAUUCAGCUUCACAUACACCUGUACUAUCGAAGCGAGCAAUGCCUCCAACUACCCCAGUUCCAGUAAUGGGGCUUCACCCUCCAGGUCCACCCCUAGCAAGACCGAUCCUCCCUCGCGAUCGAGGAGCAAUUGAUAGAGUUAUUGAAUAUUUGGUUGGUGAUGGCCCACAGAACAGAUAUGCACUUAUUUGUCAGCAGUGUUUUUCUCAUAAUGGCAUGGCUUUAAGAGAAGAAUUCGAAUAUGUUGCGUUUAGAUGUGCAUACUGUUUCUUUCUUAAUCCGGCACGGAAAACAAGACCUCAGGCUCCAAGACUUCCAGAAUUCAACUUUGAGAAAAGAGCAUCAUCUAAUUUACCAGCCUCCGUUAGCUCUCCAACUGCGGUACAUGAUGAUAAGACUGAAAAUGAACCAUGUGAGGAAGCUGGAGAUCAAAGUGUUACAUCAAUUCAUAAUAUUAAACAAGAUGAGGAUGGAAAAGAAGAAUCUACUCCUUUGGAGGUUCAGCUGAGACAUGACCAAGAAGUGGAACAUGACGAUCAACCAAAAGAAAGUGAAAUGGAUAUUGAAAUGAGUAAGGAUGAAGAAUGUGCUAUUAAUACGCAAUAGCAAAGUUGCCUAUAACUUGGCAUGUAGCAAGAGAUAUAAUAUACGAUCCAUAACAUACCAAUUGAUUGUGCCAGAUUACCAUACAAUAGGCUAUACUGAUUAGGCAAAAAAGAGUGGAAAGUUUAACUGUUGUCAGUAGUAGUAAAUGUAACAGUCUUUCUGAAGAAAAGAUCUAAAAAAGCUCAAUGUACUAUUCUUUUGUAAUAAAUCUGUAAAUCGUCUAUGGUAUUAAAUAGCAAAGGCUGCUUCAUUGCAAUGCCAUUCAUUGUCAGAUCGCAAUACCAUUUAGUUGUUGGAUAUUGGAAUGUGCAAUAUCCUACAAAAUUGAAUCAUUAGAAUCCAAUCAUAAUUUAAAAUUGGUUGACCCUUUAAACCCUUUACACUUCAGGAUUUGACACAAGAUGCACUUGGAUUGGAGUCAUUAUGUUUUAAAGACAGGUUAAUUUAUAAGGCUUUAAAAUCUUGCAAGUUUGAAACUAGAUUAGAUAAAAGUGUUUAAAUGAAAACUGUGUCUGUAUUAUAAAGAUGUUUACAGUCAGCAAUGAAAAACUAGCUUUUAUAUUUUUAAAUGUGAAAUGGGAUAGUAGAAUUAGCUAGUCCUUUGUAUAUUUAAUAUUUAAAGAUAAAUUUAUUUGGAUGAUGUGUUCUUUGUCAGUAGAGGUUAAAUUUGCUUGCCGUUGUAAAGGAGGUAAAAUGCAGAUUUUUCUGCGCUGUAAAUGAGCCAUUGUUGUAUUACAGCAACUAAUGGUCCAAAGAUACUCUGGUACUUUCUGGUGUGGCUGCACUUUGUUAUAAGCUGCCAAUUCAAAAAUGUGUGCUGUGCUUUGAUACUUUGAAAGCUAAAUAAAUUAUAGUUAUUGCAUCAACUAAGUGUUAAUACUGAAAUAUUGCUUUGCUUCAUAUAUUUUAAAAAAUUAUCAUAGUGCUUUACAAAAAGUGAGGUGUUGUCUCCUCCAUAUACACUUUCAACUCUUUCUGAAACAAAUUUAUUUGAUCUUCUAGAGUAUAAUUUGUCUUGAUUUAAAACAAAUGGGCAAUAUUCUUCAAAUCGGCUAUUAAACUUGAACACUUGAGUACAUUUAUCUGAAUGGCUACUGCUUAGUACUAAUGUAUAAUUAUUUAUUUAUUUUUGUUCUAUUUAUGAGCUGCUAAGAGCUGUUUUGGCAUGAAGAUUUUCAAAAGCUCCAUUAAAGCUAUGCUUUGUUUCAGUGAUUGAAUUUGGCUUUCCUAUUAGAAAGCUUUAAGCUAAAUCACUAUAUUUAUAUUUUUGAAAACAUUUUUUAUUCAUUGCUGUUGUAAUGUGAAGAAAAACUGGCUGUUUUCAUGUGUAUAAAGUGUCCAUACUUUGAGACAAACCAUAACCGCUGUCUCAAUCCAAACAGUGGGCAUUUGAGAGCUUGUAGAUUCUACAGGAUCAAUAUCCUUGUUUAAAUAUAAUAUCAGGUGAUCAAGUAUUACAUUUCAAAGUUGUGAUAUUGAGAAAUUAAUAAUCUGCCUUUGGUAAAAUGGUCUAAUAUAUUUUACAUAUAUGAAUGAAAUUUUAAUGUAGUAUCCGUCCCCUCCUCUCUCCUAGCCCCUUCCAAGAAAAAUGUUUAUUACAAUUUCUCAGGUCUGUUGUGCUUGCAGUAAUAAUGACUCAGAUUUCUCUGCUUUAGAACCACAAAACUGAGUCACACAAUGAGACUCAUUGAAACAAAGAUUUUAAUACAUGUGGCAAUGAAGUGAUAAUGCUGAAGUUGUUGUGAGCUGCAAUUUCCAAAUGUCUCUAACAGAAUCAAGGGAAGUUGCUUUCACUCACGUGAAAUUUUUUUAUGAAUUAUACAUAACCAAAUGCCCUUAAUGUAAUGCAUUUUUUGUUUGAGGUGUAGGGGAGUUUAUAAUGGUUUAUUAAGAUGAAAUUACCGUUUAGCAAGCUUGCUAGCCCCAAGAUUUCACUUGUAUUAAUUGUAAUUACCUUGCACAUU